AUGCCCGCCCCCUCCCUGCUGGAUAUGGUCAAGCGGCGCUUGCAGCGCAGUGUCGACCUCGUCGUCGACGUCGGCGACAUUCCGUUCCACGUGCUGGAGACCGUCUUGAAGAAGAUCGAGAAUCCCAAACAGCUCCGCGAAAUCGAGGCCAACAGCCCCCACAUCGCCGAGGACACCGGUCCGUUGUGGUUGAACUUUAUCAAACGCGACAUACAGAAUUGGGAGCAGAAGCCGCACAAGCCGCGCAACCCCACUUUAUGGUGCAAGGUCUACUACAAGCUGCGGCGCGAGCAGGAGGAGGAGAUUGUGAGGCAACAGGAAGCCUUGAGGGCUGCCCUAGCCAAGACGGAGCAGGAGCGCAAGAAGAACACCAGCACGCUGCUUAACGCUGCCUUCGAUCCGGUCCAGCAUCGCCGCACGCACACGACGUCGGGCCCGUCGCUGACGAGGGAUCCGCGCAACUAUACGUACAUGCCUGGAGAGUCGAAGAAGAGGCUCACCGGUCGCGGCAUCAUGGCCAAGAUUCAGCAUCAGGCCCAGGCCAGCCUGACGGCCAAGAAGAGCAAUUCGCCGAUGAACGUGCCGACUCACCUCCUCGGCAGCCGGACCAAGACGAUGACUGCGCCACCAAGCAUGAUAGCACAGAAGACUCGAGCUCCGCAGCCCAUCGAUCGGGGCAAGCAGGCGCCCUCCAGAACUCCCUUCCCGCCACGUUCAGCAUCCACGCCUGGCGACACGGUUCGAAAGCAGAGAGAAGAAGCCGAGGCGAGGCUGAGGGCGCUGACGAGCGGAACCACUCUUCCCCCCUCGGCCAAGAAGAUGGAUGGUGCGGGUGGUAACGUGACGACGGGAGCUCAGGCGACCGCCCCAGCAGCAGCCGGAAGCAUCGCGCGCCCCUUGAAACGGAAGGCGGAGAUCAACUGCCUAAGGCCCUCGAAGAAGAAGUAG